CUCUUUCUCUCCUGUUUUUUUUCCCAUCUCUUUUUCCUCUUUGCUUCCCCUCGUCCCCUCCUUGACUCCCACUCUCUCUCUCAGUUAUUACAGCGAGGGAACUCUAGACUUUGGGGGUCAACACCUAUGCUUUGUGAAGGGAAGGGAGAGAAGAAUCCCUUUCCAUUAUGCGGUCGUGAACGGAGAGCUCGAUGUCACGAAGGUACUGCUCUCCGCUUUGCCUGAGUCCGUCGAAGAGACAAACGCCCUAAGGUGACCGCGCUUCAGCUUGCGGUGAAGGACUACUGGUUUGACGUGGUCGUUGUGUUGGUGGAGCAUGGCACAAGAAGGAAUAGGUGAUCAAUCGGAAGGACAACUGAGGCAAUAUUGUCUCGUAUCUCGCUGCUGCUGCUGCUGAAAAAUUUCGAGGUGGUUGAUUUCAUGCUUCCUUGGCAUGUUAUCGAUUACGAGGUGGUAGAUGCGUGCGCCUCGAAUGAAGUGGCUUGAUGCCUCUAGAUGUCUCAAUUCUCUCACAAAGGGGAGCAGGAGAUAGAGAGAUGAGAGAAAUUCACGCACGGACUGGAGCCAUACACAGAAGAGGACGAUCAACCACGCCCUCUUCACCACUAGUCUCGGUGGACGACGAUGACUAUAUCCGAGGAGCUGACAGUCGUCGAUCAGAUGGGAAACGACCAACGAAUGCUCCUCAAUCAUCAAUGGGCGACUCACGCAAUGCCCUACUGGUCGUCGCUGCGCUCAUUGCUAGCACCACCUACCAAGCCGUGAUUCAACUUCCAAGCUUUAUUAAGGAAGUUGAUUCCACAAAAGGUUUCCACGCAUGUUAUGCAUCUGUGAUAGCCGGUCCUCUUGGCACGAACUUGGCGUACAUCAUCUUCAUGAGCGGCAACACAUUCGGAUUCUUGGUGUCAGUCCAGAUGAUCAUUUGCCUCACCAGAGAUCUCCCUGUCAGGCUGCCGCUAUUACUUUCCGUGACCACAAUGGUUCAAACUUACUACUGCUUCACGUUUUACCUGCCAUUCACAUUACAGGACAAAGCAUUUGGUCUAAAAAACGUGGAAUUGUUGAGCAUGCUGCCAGUAACGAUGUCAAUUCUUCUUCUAUUGGCACAGAGGCCGUUGGCACUAGCUUUAGAUAUUUGCUUGGAAAUGCUAUCUCGGUUUAACCUCCUAGGGGAUAUGUACAGUCUGAGGACCCAGUCUGUCAUUGUUAAGGAUAGAGAGAUUGGAGAAAUAAACGCACCAGAUGGAGCCGAACACAGGAGAACCAACUCGCACGCUUCAAGACUAGUCUCGGAGGAAGAUCAAUCAGAUGGGGAACCGGUUGCAAAUUCGAAACUUUUGAACAAAGAAAGAGAGUCGAUAGGAGACACACGCAACACCCUACUAAUUGUCGCCACGCUCAUCGCAAGUGCAACCUACCAAGCCGUGCUUCAGCCUCCAAGCUUUAGGACAAAAGUUGAUGAUCAUUCAACAAAAAGCUUCCUUGCACACUAUGCUUCUUGGGUGACUCGUCCUCUUGGUAGGGACUUUGUGUACAUUGGCUUCAUAAGCUGCAACACCUUUGGAAUUUUGCUAUCGAUCCAGAUGAUCAUUUGUCUCACCAGAGAUCUCCCUGUCAGGCUGCCGCUGUUACUCUCCGUGACAGCACUGGUUCAAACUUACUACUGCUUCACGUAUUACCUGCCAUUCACAUUACUCGAUAAAGCGUUUGGUCUGAUAAACGUGGAACUGUUGACCGUGCUGCCAAUAACGACAUCAAUUCUCCUUCUACUGGCACAGAGGCCGUUGGCACUAGCUUUAAAUUUUUGGUUGGAAAAGCUUUCUUGCUUUAACCUCCUAGGGAACAUGUACAGUCUGGGGACCCAAUUAGUUGAUAAUAAAGAAGCUGGAGCUGAACAUCGAAGAGGGAGAUCAAAUUUGCAUGCUUCAAGACUACUCUCAGAGGAAGAUAAAUCAGAUGCCAAAUCAGCCACAAAUGCUCCUCAAUCAUUAUAUCAUUUCCCAUCGAAAAAUUUGAACAAAGAUAAAGAGUCAAUGUGGGACAUACGCAAUGCCUUGCUGGUUGUCGCCGCACUCAUCGCAAGCACCACCUACCAAGCCGUGCAUCAGCCUCCAAGCUUUACAACAAAGGUCGACAGUAGUUCCAUGAAAGGCUUCCUCGCAUCCUAUGAAUCUUGGAUGACUGGUCCUCUUGGCAGGGACUUAGCGUACAUUGCCUUCAUGAGUGGCAACACCUUCGGACUCUUGGUGUCAGUCCAAAUGAUCAUUUGCCUCACCAGAGAUCUCCCCAUUAGGCUGCCGCUGUUACUUUCCAUGAUUGCAAUGGUUCAAACUUACUAUUGCUUCACGUAUUUCUUGCCGUUCACAUUACUGGACAAAGGGCUUGGUCUGAAAAACGUGAAAUUGUUGAGCAUCCUUCCGGUAAUGAUAUCACUUCUUCUUCUACUAGCACAGAGGUGGUUGGCGCUAGCUUUAGAUUCUUGCUUGGAAAGGCUUUCUCAUUUUAACCUCCUUGGGGAUAUGUACAGUCUAUGGACCCUAUCCGUCAUUGUUAAUGGUAAAGAGAUCAGAGAAAUUAACGCACCAGCUGGAGCCAAACUCAGAAGAAGAAGAGCCAACUUGCUCGCUUCAAGACUAGUCUCGGAGGAAGAUCAAUUAGAUUGGGAAACAGCUGCAAAUUUGAAAAUUUUGAAUAAAGGAAAAGAGUCGAUAGGCGAUAUACGCAAUGCCCUGCUAGCUGUUGCGACACUCAUUGCGAGCGUGACCUACCAAGCCGUGCUUCAGCCUCCAAGCUUUGGGAUAAAAGUCGAAGAUAAUUCAACGAAAGGCUUCCUCGCAAAUUAUGCAUCUUGGGUGACUGGUCCUCUUGGUAGAGACAUUGCUUACUUUGGCUUCAUAACUGGCAAUACAUUUGGACUCUUGCUGUCGAUCCAGAUGAUCAUUUGCCUCACCAGAGAUCUCCCCAUCAGGCUGCCACUGUUACUCUCCAUGACCGCGCUGGUUCAAACUUACUAUUGCUUCACAUAUUAUCUGCCGUUCACGUUACUGGACAAAACGUUUGGUCUGAUAAACGUGGAAUUGUGGACCGUACUGCCGAUAAUGACGUCAAUUCUUCUUCUACUAGCACAGAGGCGGUUGGCACUAGCUUUAAAUUUUUGGUUGGAAAAGCUUUCUUGCUUUAACCUCCUGGGGGAUAUGUACAGUCUAGGGACCCAGCCGGUCAUUGUUACUGAUAAAGAAGUUGUAGCUGAACACGGAAGAGGAAGAUCAAACUCACUUGCUUCAAGACUACUCUUGGAGGAAGAUCAAUUAGAUGUGGAACCAGUCACAAAUGCUCCUCAGUCAUUAUCUUAUACCCCAUCGAAAAAUUUGAACAAAGAAAAAGAGACGAUGGGUGACAAACGCAAUGCCUUGCUGGUCGUCAUUGUGCUCAUCGCGAGCACGACCUACCAAGCUGUGCUUCAGCCUCCGAGGUUUACAACAAAAGUAGACAGUAGUUUUACGAAAGGCUUUCUCACAUACUAUGCAUCUUGGGUGACUUGUCUUCUUGGCAGGGACGUUGCGUACAUCGCCUUCAUGAGUGGCAACACAUUUGGACUCUUAUUGUCGAUUCAGAUGAUCAUUUGCCUCACCAGAGAUCUCACUGUUAGGCUGCCGCUGUUACUUUCCGUGACCGCAAUGGUUCUAACUUACUAUUGCUUCACGUGUUACCUGCUGUUCACAUUACUGGACAAAACGUUUGAUCUGAAAAAUGGGGAGUUGUGGAGCGUGCUACUGCUAGUGACGCCACUUCUUCUUCUAUUGAUACAGAGACGGUUGGCGCUAGCUUUAAAUUUUUGCUUGAAAAGGCUUUCUCAAUUUAACCUCUUGGGGGAUAUGUACCGUCUAAAGACCUAAUUCAUUGUUGUUAAUGAUGGUAUGUCUUUCCUUAAGGUUGCGCUAAGAAAUGCAAGCUUCAGAAAUAUCGAAUGGAGUUUAUUUCACAGAAUCAGAUAUUGAUUUACCGUCCUUAAUUCUCCGCAGUUGAUUGUGUAAUGUCCCUGAGUGAUUCGCUGUAUUGUAUUUUCCCAAGAAUAUGCGUCACCAGAUAUCAGAUCGAUGUCCUUGAUUCUCUGCAGUUGAUUGUGUAGUGUCCACAAGUAAUUUGCUGUGCAUAUUUUCCUAGUAGAUGUUUCCUGAGUUUAUAGCACGUUUGUGACUUCACGGACAGCAGUCCAGAUUCUGAGAUAAGGUUGCGCAAGUUUUCUUCCAAGUACUUAUUUGGUCUUUGCUUCUUCAGAUGAAUGGGCCAUCAAGAGAACAUGUUUUCUUCGAACACAUAGAACCACGAGUCAGGCUUAGAGGAGGGCCUGCACCAUACUGUUCACAUUCACCAUUAUUAGUCAUGUUCAGAGCAGAUAAGUCCACUCAAAUGGACCCACGAUUGAUCGCAGCAGCUCAGAGGCACAAUGUUGAUGAACUGAAUGACUUGAUCGCAAGCAAUGCACUCAUCUAGAGGAGACGGCUCUCCAAGGAGCCCAGCACACGCCAUAGCAUGUCGCCCGUGUCUUGGGCCAUUUGGAUUUCGUCCUGGAGCUCCUCAAGUUGAUGCCGAAGGUUGCAGAGAAGUAAGUAAUGAUCGCCGAGAGCAACGAUCGGUCCAUGUUGUUGUGAUAGGAUCUGCAGGAACCAUCUCCAUGAUUUCUUCGUAAAGGUCUUCAACCUCUGCAAAAUGUUG